AUGGAAGACGUCCUAUCCCGAGCUUGGGCGGAGGUAAAAUGGGAGGAGGAUGUCACCAGUCGCGCUAAGGCGCAGCAAAAUCAAGAUCCCAAGACAAUCAGAUCAAACCGAACCGAGCGAGACGAGAAACCCUCUCAAAGACUAGCCAGGGACUCUGGGAAUCGAAACCGGGGCAGAUACCAGAACAAGCCGAUCGAGAAGGCAAAAGGGAUGGCAGUGUCCACGUGGCCAGACAUCUCUCACCUCUCCGUCUUAAGGCCGGAGCUGAUCAAUGUUCUGAGGCAGAUGGGCCAACAGGUCAAGUGGCCUCAGAAGAUGAAAGCACCCGAUUCUUUCUGGAACCCUAGUCUCUGGUGUGACUUCCACCGAGACCACGGUCACAAAACGGAGGACUGCUUCGCACUGAAGAUCGAGGUCAAUGAGUUGCUUAUGAAAGGACACCUCAGGGAGUUCCUUUCCGAGAAGGCCAAGAGCCAUCUAAGCAAGGAGACAACGGGGAAGCCCAAUGAAGUUGCUCCCAUCUCGCCACCUCGACUGGACCGAGUGAUACAUGUCAUAUCGGGCGGUUCAGAGAUCAGCGACGAAAUAAGUUUCACGGCCAAGGAGCAGGAAAAGGUUCUCACCCCACAUCACGACGCCCUGGUCAUAUCGCUCACUGUAGCGAAUGGCCUGGUGAAAAGGAUACUGGUAGAUAAUGGAAGCUCCAGCAACAUCAUCUUCCAGGCCGCAUACAAGGAUCUAGGGCUGGAGGAAAGUGCUCUAACUUGGAGGAUAACCCCACUCAUAGGGUUCAGCGGAGAAGUCAAGCAAACCGCCGGAGAGGUGACCCUCCCGCUAUACGCUGAAGGGAUCAACAUGUUAACCAAGUUCAUUGUUGUUGACUGCGACUCGUCCUACAAUAUGAUAGACGGCCCUGGAUUCAUGGCAUGA